CGCACAAUUUCAAACUUCAACAACAAAAGCACGUGUUCAAAUGAUUAAGGAUUUAUUUUGCAUUUAAAAACACCACAGCACUCAGUACAGAAAUCAUUUUCCAUUUUUUUGGUUUGUUUUUUAAGCUAUGUGUUUGGAGAUUUAGUAUAUGAAGCUUGCAAAGAUAAUGUACCUAGUGAAGCAUGCUUCGAUUGUACAGACCCUGUUAUGAAUCAAUUUUGUCAAUCAACAUGCAAUACAUGUGUUAACAUAAAUGGUACAAAUAAAUCUGUUAGUGCAGCCAGCAUUCAUUUUGGUCAACCUCGAUCUGGUCUAAAAUAUUUAAUUGUUUACAAUGACUCUCAAGAUUGUUUUUUGGAUAUGCGCAUCGAUGAUAGUUUUGUUUACUGUAAUCCAACCAAUUGGACUGAGUUUUAUAUAGUGGAUGUACCAUCAACAAUAUCUCUGACAUCAACUGGUCAAUAUCAAUUACUUUCUUCUGUUUCUGCUGGAUCUACUGCGUAUUCUUUUUGUACAAAAAUAAUAUUGGAACAGUUUCCUAAUUUUUUAAUCGGUCAAAUUUAUGAUUUACCUGUAACAAAUUUAUAUACAUUUAAAGUUAGCUUUCCUUCAAAUUAUAAUGUUACAAAUAUAAUUUUUUCAAUUGAUAGUUUACAGGUUUGUUCUAAUUUCAAUAAUUUAACAGUACGUGUCUAUUUGUUAGUAUCUCAAGACAAUUCCUUUAACAAUGUUUUUAUUGAUCUUCAAAAUAUGUUGUAUAAUUAUUCAAAGUUAUAUCUUUCAAACGAACAAUUUGUGUUUUUUAAUUUGACUCCUGGAAACAAUCAAGUUAAUUUGCUGAAUCUCUACUAUUUUGCUUUAAAAAAGUAUUCUGGAUCAGUAAAUUAUAUUGGUAUUAUUGUAAUGCCUGAAAAUAAAUUACAAGUUGAUUCUAAUUGUAUAACUAAAAAAGAUUAUAUUACAUUAGAAAUGGAAUAUGUAUCUGAAUAUAUGAAGACAAAUGGAAUAGCUCUCACUCAAAUAGUCCUUUUGGAUUCUGCUACAACUUUCAAUACUGAUAUAAAUUUGUUAUUUAACCAGAGUAUACAGAAUCACUCAUUAACAUCUCUAUCUACGUAUAAAGUUAAUUUGUCUUUAAAUGCAGAUGUUUCAAGUUUAAUUUUUUCAGUUAAUAAUUCCAAUAACUGUAAGGUUUAUUAUAAUCUUACAAUGAGCAUCUAUUUGCUUGUGUCUCAAGACUUUCUAAUUAACAGUAUAAAUGAAGUGGAAAAGUUGUAUAGUUAUUCAAUGUUGUAUCUUUCAAACAAACCAUUUGUAGAUUUUGUUUUGCGACAAGGAUACAAUAGUAUUGAUUUGUUGAGUCUCUUUAUUAAUGCUAAAAACAAUUAUCAUGGAGUAGUGAACUAUAUUAGUAUUAUUGUAAUAUUUAAAAACAUUUUACAAAAUGAUGUUUAUUGUGAAGUCAACCAAAAUAAUGUUGAAUUGGCUAUAUCAUUAGAAAAAGCAUUUCAAGGAGCAGUUUCUUUUCAAUCUUCCGAAAAUAACAAGUAUCUUUGUCUUCGAAGUAUGGCUAUUAGGCUUGACGAUUUUUUAUCAACAGAUUAUGCUGGUGAUAGAUCAUAUUAUGUUCAUCAAAAGGAUUCAUAUCUUUCUAUACAGUCAGCAAAUCCUGCUUAUCUUUUACAUUUUAUUGGAAAAAAUGGUGAUAAUUUCAAAAUAUUGUCAGAUGCAAAUGUUUCAGCUUUUAAUCUAGUUGUAACUGGUUUGGUGAUUGAAAACAUUGUAAGCAUCAAUAGAUCUUCAGUCAAUGUUACUAUAAGUUCUGCCAUUCCAGUUUGGAAUUUAACAACAGAUUUUGUAAUUAAAUGCAAAGAUCCAAAUGACGUAGUCAAUUUUUAUCCUGCUACAAACUAUAUAGCUGUUAUUUCUUCACUACAAAGCAACACUUUUUACAAAUUUUCUGCAGGUGUAAAAAAUGAAUUUGGAUUCUAUGUGUAUGGGCCAGUGUUUCUUUAUCAAACUGACAAAGAUGAUGUUUCCAAAACAUUGUGGAAAGUUUUAAAUGCUGUCACUUUACAAAGGCAAUUACUAUUGAUGAAUUUACAGAUUUAUCCAACAUUUAAUGAGUCUUUAAAUGCUUCUUUGGAAUUUGAGUUUUUUUUACCCCCAUACUUAAGUUUCACUUCUGGAAGUGUUAUACAGAAUUUCGUUAAAGCAGAUGGCAAUAGAAUAAAAUACUAUUUUACCGGAAGAAUCAAUUCUUCUGAAACAUUCAAUUAUAACUUUACUGGUUUGUUUAAUGAUACAAAAUGCCCUUUACCUGGCAUUUUUACAUUAGACAUUCCUUUGAAGUUAUCAAUUCAAGUUGAAUUAGGUAAACCCACAGUAUUCUUUAAAGCAUUCAGAAAAGUUGUUGAGUGUUUUGGGUAUCCACGUAUUCCAACUUUCAAAGACCAACUAAUUCUUAAAGAAAGCUAUGGUCGUGGUAUUUAUUGGGAUGCAAAAAACUUUCAUAUUUAUGUCUGCAUGAAUCAACAUUUUCCUAGUACAAAAGUAGCAUGCUAUGUUUCAAACAAUGAAGGAAGUUUGUGGUAUGAGCUAGAUGUACGGGUUGGUUCAGUUCUUGGUCACCACUUAUUAACCAAUGAACUGUAUGCAAUUCAUCGUAAUCAAAAAACAUAUAUGAUUUUUCACAACAUCUAUAAAAAAUGGUUAUCAAUAACCAAGCAACAAUUUACUGACACAGCAUCCAAUUUUAUUGAUCCAUCAAUGCGAAAAAAUUUGGAAGGAGAUUUUAUUCAAAUUUACACAUUAGGACCAAAUAAAUGGUUAGGAAACUCACAAGGUUUAUUUUUCCUCCACAAAAAUGGUACUUGGAUAUUACGAAUACGUUGGCGUUUUUGAAGAUUAGGUUUUAUUCCAACAAAAGUUUAUGCAUAUAUCAGAUCAUGUAAAUUAUUGAAGAAACAGGAGUUGUAUUUUGUCAUUUUGAUAUGAUUUAUUUUAAUUUUUAAAU